AUGCACUUUCUUGAAAUUACUGAACUACGUAAUAAAGUAGAUUUUUUUGAAUCUAAGGUGCAUGCAUUAGAGUCCAAAGCACUCCCUGCUUCUAGUAGAAGUAGUACCUCCGUCUCUGAAAUUAUCCAUGAGUUCACUGAGCGUGACCGGUGCAAGCCUAACGUCAUUGCACAUGGCAUACCGGAAUCUUUUUCAAUCGACCUCUCGAUCAAAAUUAAUGAAUAUAAAACUAUCCUUCGUGGUAUUUUUUCUAAACUUUCUAAUGCUAUACCAAUCGAAUUUGAACCUAUUCGCUUUGGUAAACCAUCGUCUACUACUUCACUGCCAGUCAAGGUUAUAUUCGCUUCCCCUGAUGUAGCUUCUAUUGCUUUGAUGGCUUAUCGUUUAGACAAAUAA